AUGAUGGAACAUAUUGAUGAAUUCAUUCCUCCAGCCCUUCGAGGAUACAUACCUAGAAUACUGGGAGGUGAGAUGUCGGAUUGGGAGUCUCGGGUGCGGCCAAGUGCGCCGGUGCAGUAUAUCAUUCGUGAUGGGCCUGCUGGAGACAAAUCACAAUCUUCUUCCGUUGACCAAUCUGACCACUCAAGUGAAGGUUCGUAUACCGACAUG